AUGACGGCUUUACAAGAUGGCGAAAUUCGUAUUCUUGUUCAUGAAUACUCUGCCCUGGAAAGAAUCCCUCGACUCGUCUUUAGAGUCGUGUCUUUGGACAACCCUCCGCCAUUUGUCGCGCUCUCGUAUGUUUGGGGUGAUUUAGCAGACACUCUACCACUACGUGUUGGUGGGCAGAUUAUUCAAGCCACCAGAAAUCUUCACGAUAUAUUGGAUUCGCUUCAGGCAUCCAACUAUCCUCAAAAGUUGUGGAUUGACGCUCUCUGCAUCAAUCAAGAUGACUUUGAAGAGCGCGCUUCACAAGUAGCAAUGAUGGGAGAUAUCUACUCACGUGCGGAAUAUGUACUGGCAUUUCUAUCCUCAGAAUCGGGUCCAUUCGACUUGGGGUUGGAUUUCAUGGAGAAAACUGCCAAGAAUCCCGAAAUACACUUUGACCCGUCUCUGUCACCUCAUCUGACAGUCGACUCGUCUUAUCGGGCACUCUUUGGGUUAACUGCCAGUCAUCCAAUCCUGCAAAGUUCUAUCGUCGAAUUCUUCGGGACUCCAUGGUUUACGAGAGUCUGGACCGUACAGGAGUUUCUAUUGGCUAAAAAGGUCAUAUUUCGCUGUGGAAAACGCCUUAUUGAUGCGGAAGUCGUCACGAAAUGUUGCAGAAGUUGGAUCGAUCAUUCGAAAACAUGUUGCUGGAGUGCGGAUCAACCUCGUCAUGGGCACAGUCAUGGUUUCAUCGACACUAUCUGGGACAUCAGGAGCAACUUAACAUUGUAUACUGCCACGUUACGAAUGAAACCUUUGAUGGAUAUGAGUCGUCGUGGUCGUCUGCAUUGUACUGAUUUCCUGACCGCCAUCUCACUUUUCCGAAUAAGACAAUGUUCGGAUCCGCGGGACAGAAUAUAUGGUUUUUCUGGGUUGUAUCUCACAGGCAUCGAUGUCAAACGGGACCUUCAGGUUGAUUAUAAAGUCUCAACAGCCCUUCUGUUCAGAAAUACGGCCACUUCCUUGAUUGAAAAGACUCAAACUCUGGACGUACUAAGCCAUGUACUGCACGAAUCCGGCAUCGAGAAACGUGUGCCAGAGUUGCCGAGCUGGGCACCUGAUUGGGAUGCAACUAUGGACGACCGCCAUCAUUUGCUGUACACGGAUCGAGCCGAUAGGAUUAGCCAUUGUCGUGCCUCUGGUGAUUUGAAGCCAAACUUAGCAUUCAGGGCACCUGAUAACGUCUUUAUCCGCGGCCUGCGGAUCGGUCGAGUCAAAGCCAUUGCACCUGGAUACCCUUCCAUUUACACUGAUUCAGCUGAUGGGGGUAAAGAAACCAUCGACUCAUGGCGCCAACUCGCUGGCUUGCCCGAGGCUUUGUCUUCUGAGGAGGACGUCAAAGAGACUACCUUCCAGAACGCCCUGAGUGGUGGUUUCACAGAUUUGCCAUGGGAAAUAGGUUCCGCUGCUUACUCAAAAGCGUACAAAUUAUGGUUAGAAUGGUUCAUAUCUACCAAGCCAAGCUUACCAGUCGAAUGCAAGGAGAUUAUUCAAGAGUUCGAUGACUUAAUGCAUCAGACGAGUAUGUAUAGAUGCUUCAUACUCGCAGACAAUGGAGAAUUGGGCUUUGGACCUGAUAUUACGGAAGUGGGUGAUGUGAUAAUCAUCCUACCUGGAGGAAAGGUACCAUAUGUUUUGAGGCAGGUGGAAGUUUCUUUUUAUGGCACGAUAACAUACCGACUAUUAGGCGAUGCCUACAUUAAUGGCGCUAUGGCGGGAGAAAAGGUCUGUUCCGGAAUGUCGGAUUUUGAGGAUAUGUUUCUUGUAUAA